AGCAUUCUCGCGCCGCUCUCUUUUCUCCACUACUGUACUACCCAGGUGAAAAAGUUCUAGGUUCGAAACAAACCAACAAUCCAUCGAGCGAAUCAGUAUCUAACAAAGCAGGCAACUAUGAAAACAACCGCAGGCCGCCUUUUGCACGGGUGCCUCCCGAUUGCGAUCGCGGUUGCCCUCCUCGGGCUCCUCUCCGGUGCCGCGUCCUUCCGGCCGGCCGCGGUUCCCUCGCGCCGGGGGCAACAGCGCCCGCUGGCGGCGGCAACAACGGGCACCGGGGCGACCCUCACCGAGGAGACCACAUGGACGAUGCGCAUGAACCUCGAGAACCUCCCGACGGAAAAGGGCAAGCGCACGAGCGGGAUCUAUGUCGUCCAGGCCAAGUUCAUCGAGGAAGAGGGAUACGAGCCCCCCCAGGGGCUCCUCCAGCAGGUGUUUCCGGGGCAGGAAGCCUCCGCGAGCGAAGACGGCGAGGCCGCGUCCACGGUCGACACGCAGAUGAAAAUUGCUUCCGGUCGGUGGACCCUUUCCGAAGACCCCGAGGACCGAAAGGACAGCCUUUGGUACGUGGAAAAUUGGGUUGUUGUUCGUUGCUUGCACGAUUUGAAAUCCGCCGGACGGUGCGAUUGGACCCGGACGCAUGUGCACGAUGUUUACGGAACGAACGAACUUCCGAUCUGACAAUUCCACGUUUUCUUCGUUUUCAAACAAAAAAGGAUCUGGGGGCUUUUCAAGGAUCCCCUCUACCCAUUUUUGCUGCUGCAGUUCGAGGUCGAGGAAAUGGCGCUGCCGGGAGAAGAAAAGGACUCCAUCAAGCCGUUCAAGCUGUUUGCACAGAUCAACCACAAGCGGGAAGACGGCGAGGUGAUCCUGGCCUCGGUCACGGAUCUCACCGUUCGAGAGAAAGAGACGUACAAGGCCGACCCCUUCGGAGCGGCGAAGAUCGAUUUGUUUGAAAACGUGGUGGUUGGAAAGCUACAGCUGCAAGCGCAAUAACAACGAUCGAGUGGGAUCGAAAUAAAUAACAGAACGCUCA